AUGGAGCAACAAGACGACACCAUAUCCCUCACCGUGCACCACCACGGCUCACCACACACCGUGACACUCCCCGCAUCCGCAACUUUCGCAGACCUCUCGCUCGCCAUCUCCUCCUCGCCAUCGCUCCAACAAAUCCCCCCAGCAAACCAAAAACUCCUAGUCGCACCAAAACUCGGCCUACAAAAGCCACCCUUUGACAACUCACGCUCGCUAACCGAGUUACUACCACUACCACUCGACUCUCCCAAACUCAAAAUCACACUUCUCGGAUCAAAACCGCAAGAGAUACAGUCUCUCAACGACACCAUCGACAGCAACAACCAGCGUUUAGCAGCACGCAGAGCCGCGCAGAGAGAAUACCGUGCUCCGCCGGUGACGCGGCGGCCACCGGCUGGUAUACACACGCUCUCAUCCCCGUCUUCAUCGACAUAUACAUUCGGUCGCUGCGAGCCAUUAACAUACCUCCCCAACCCCGAACGAAGUCUGAAAUUCCUGGAACGGCUGCGCGACGACGCCGGCAUAAAAUUCGCCAUGGCCAAGCACCGCUUCUCAGUCCCUUUACUCACAGAAAUGAACCCGGCCGAGCACACGACGCACGAAUCGCGCACGCUAGGUCUGAAUCGAAACAAAGGCGAGGUUAUUGAGCUACGGCUACGCACAGAUGCAUACGAUGGAUACAGGGAUUACAGAACGAUUCGCAAAACACUGUGUCAUGAGCUGGCGCAUUGCGUGCACAGUGAGCAUGAUCGCAAGUUUUGGGAUUUGACAAAGCAGAUUGAAAAUGAAGUGGAAAAGGGGGAUUGGACGAGAGGCGGGCAGCGGCUGUCGGAGAAUGAGUUUUAUAAUCCGCAGGACUGGGAGACGGAGGGCCAGCGGAGUGAUGAUGAGUGGGUGGACCAUGGCGGUUGGACUGGAGGGGAGUUUGUUUUGGGGUCAUCCUUAUCAUCAUCAUCACCAUCACCACCAAAUCAAGGUGGAUCGGCGUUGACUCGUAGGGAAAUCCUAGCUCGAGCUGCAGAGGACCGUGCAAAGAGAGACCAGCAGAGGGGGAAAGGUCCUGAUAAUGCCGAAAGGCAAUAA